AGCUAUGGCGGCGUGCCGGGGUUCAUCGUCGAAAUGGUUUUUCACCCGGGAGCAGCUUGAAAACACGCCGUCCCGCCGAUGUGGAGUGGAUCCAGACAGGGAGCUGUCGUAUCGACAGCAGGCGGCAAAUCUAAUUCAAGAUAUGGGCCAAAGACUCAAUGUCUCCCAACUUACAAUAAACACUGCAAUUGUUUACAUGCAUAGGUUUUAUAUGCAACAUUCUUUCACCAAAUUUCAUAGAAAUAUCAUCUCUCCAACCACAUUAUUCUUGGCUGCAAAGGUUGAGGAGCAGCCACGAAAACUUGAGCAUGUCAUUAAGGUGGCACAUGCCUGCCUGAAUCCUCAAGAACCUCCACUAGACACAAAAAGUAAUGCAUACCUCCAGCAAGCUCAAGAGCUGGUGAUACUUGAAACCAUAGUGCUGCAGACUUUAGGGUUUGAAAUAACAAUUGAACAUCCACAUACUGAUGUGGUGAAAUGUUCCCAGCUAGUGCGAGCAAGCAAGGAUCUGGCACAGACUUCCUAUUUCAUGGCUACCAACAGUCUCCACCUCACUACCUUCUGCCUGCAGUACAAGCCCACUGUCAUUGCCUGCGUCUGUAUCCAUCUGGCCUGCAAGUGGUCCAACUGGGAGAUCCCAGUGUCUACUGAUGGAAAGCACUGGUGGGAAUAUGUUGACAACUCGGUAACACUUGAGCUAUUAGAUGAAUUGACUCACGAGUUCCUGCAAAUUCUGGAGAAGACACCGAGCAGAUUGAAGAGGAUUAGGAACUGGAGGGCUACACAAGCUGCCAAGAAGCCCAAGACCGACAGCCAGGCAUCAGAUGGCAGCUCAUUUGCUGGGCCCUCCAUGUCUCAAGACCAGUCUUUGGUUGAUGCCAUUCCUGGGGUGUCUGCAAAUGCAGCCUUCUCUAAAACCUCCGCAUCAUUCCCAGUCUCCCUGCCCAGCAAUCCAGGCAGCACCCUUUCUUUAGACUCUAUUUCCAACAUGCAGGGUGCUUCAUACACUUUCACUGCCCCCAGCAACUGGGCUCAGGACCAAGGACGCUCGGACACUUACCUUGUUAAACAGGAAGCCCUCUGCAUGCAGCAACCAGGGUCUCAGUUAUCCCUUCACACUUCCCUUCAUCCACACCGACCAGACAAAGGCAUGGAGUUCAACCCAGUCAAACAGGAACACAAAGUCGGCGGCAGCGGGUCGAAGCACCAAGCAGCGUAUCCGCCUCCUGCCGCUCCCACACAGAAACUGUCUCUAGACAAGUACAGAGAGAAGCAUGCGGCUGAGUUGGCGGUCCAGAAACGCAGGCAGGAGCAGCAGCAGCAACAGCAGCAGAGCCUAGAGGCUGAGGGCUGGGAUACAUACGCUGCCUCUGGCCAGCCAGAGCACCGCAAACACCUACAGACACACCUUCACAGCCAGCAGGGACCCAGCAGCAGUAGCACCACGUCCCCGCUGAAGAUGAAGCUGCCCAUGCCAGGUCAGGACAGAUCCCAAGGAGACAAACGGGACAAAGGGAGUUCAUUAAAGCUACGUCUUCCUGUGCCCUCCCAAGGUGAAAAGGGGGCAGUGGGAAAGGAGGAGCUGAAGAUGAAAAUCAAGGUGUCUUCAGAACGGCACAGCUCCUCCGACGAGGGAGGCACAAAAAGCAAACAUUCCAGCCCGCUGGUGAGCAAGGAGAAGCACCGGGACCACUCAGCACAUCGGCAUCACCACAAGCACGGCCACUCUCACCCCCACGUGCACAGCGGCAAUGGGCGGGGGGCCCCGGAGGGCCCGAUGGCCGGUGCGGCCCUACGAAGUCCGGUAGGUUUCAGCGGUGAGGGGGCGAGCUCGGCCCCCGGCUCCAGCUCCUCACGCAAGAGGGUGUACCCUGAGGCCGACCACAACCACCACUCCAAAAAGAGCAAAAGUUCCAAGGGCGGCUCAGGUAGUUCCUCUCAUUCUUCCUCUGUACAGCAGUGUGUGUCGUCUCACAGCUCUGUUCUUAACCUUCCCUUCCCCCCUCCUCCCCCUGUCACACACCAGGUGGGCUACGGACAUCUCAGCACCCUAGUGAAACUGAACAAGAAGCCAGUGGAGAGCCUCGGCCCUGAGGGCGCUGGCAGUGCGCUUGGCACCAACAGCCAACACACAGACUACAAAGACACUUUUGAUAUGCUUGAUUCACUGUUAAGUGCCCAAGGAAUGAACUCAUGAACCGUUAGAAAGGAAAAAAAAAGAGAGAGAGAGAGAGACACAAGGCAAAAAAAGAAAUAAAAACCUAUGAUGUGUAGGUGAUAGAAAACAAGCAGAAACAAAGGUGAACUUAAGAGAAUGAGAGGGAAAGGAGAGAAAAUGCUUCCCGAUCUUCUAAGUCUCUUGACAGUUUGGCCCAGUCUGUUUCUGUAGGUGUAACGUUACUUUGUCCUCCAUAUUCCCUGAAUGGGUUGUGGUGGGAGCGUGUGACUGUUUGUAUGGUGGGGCCAUUGUAGUUCAAAUGAGUCUAACCUCCACGAAAAAAAAAACAAAAAAAAGUAUUAUAAAUACUGAGAGGCAUGAAAGGUGCAAUUUUUUUUUCUGUCAUAAAUAAUUUAAGUGACAUUUCCACCUCUGUACAACACCCUGAUGAAGAAAUAAGGAGCUCCCUCAUUAAUGGUCCAUACCUCACUCAUGUUCAUUGGUAUGUGGUCAUUAAGAGGUAGCUCAAACUAUUUUAGUUGCGUAGUUCUUUGAAUGCGCUGUAUUAUUUUCUUUUUUUUUUAUUAUAUUUAAAUACAAUAUGUAUGAUCUGCAUGUUUCAGUCAACAAAGGGAUUAAGCAGAAUGUUGUUUACAGAAAGUGGAGAUAAAUGUACAUACAUUUUUGUAUGUUAAAAAGCUAUACCCUAAAUACUCAGGUUUGGAGCUGCUUGUAAGUAUAACUAAGUAUGUAUAUGGGGAAAAGGGGGAAAUGACUAUUGUGACUUCAAUGUAAGAAUCCAUCAUUGUUGAUUCUGACUGCAGCAUUCCA